UGCAUGGGGAACAGUUUCAACCGAUAUAAAGAAUUCUAUUAUAUACUUAAUCGGAGGGAUUCCCUUUAAUACAACUUUACAUUCUUAUGAAAUCGAAUCACAUAAAUGGGAUAGUGUACCUGGCAUAACAUUAGAACUUGGUAACAUACAAGCAGUUAGGGAUGAUUCUGGAAAAAUUUAUGUUUUUGGUGGACUUAUGAACUUACCACGGAUUUAUACAAAUAAUAUGACUAUAAUUGAUAUUAAUAGUUCUAUGUCAUUUGUUUCUCAAAUGGGAGCUCCUUUAGCUAGAGUGCUUUACACCGCUACAAUGUUACCUGAUGGCGUUAUAGUUUACAUCGGAGGACAAGGACGAGAUGAUGCAGAUGGGGACCCAUAUGUAGAUAUAAGUCAAAUUAAUCUUUAUAAUACAAAGAAUGGUACUUGGUCAUUAAAAGUAAGCUAA